AUGGCCAGCAGUGACGAUCAAUGGCUGAAAGAGGACGGAUAUUUGAAUGUGGAUGCUGAAUCCCAUGCGAUCACUUAUCAUCCGUACUUGAACGUAAUUCUUGUUAUCGGAAGUAACAGCGAGGUGAAGCUUCUGGAUGUCAAUUCCGGUGUCAUACUACAAAGUUACAGAAUAUCGGAUCUUAAUUCAGUACGAUGCCGGUACUUGCCCCAGCAGGAUAAGAUACUUAUUUGGAAUGGUCGCAACAUUUGCAUGCGCGGCGAUUACAAUGGUGUGCUGCUGCUGGACACAAUUCUUCAGGCCCCGGUCACGUCGACCGACGAUCGUGUGCGUUUGGAACUGUUGCUGUCCGAGGCGAUUUUGUUUCUGCAGUGUCUCCAGAAUCUGGAAGAACACGGUCUGGAGAAUAUGAGUGACGUUACGAACGAGCUGACGCAAAAGAUCAGCGAGGCACAGUCGCAUUCGAAACGUGGCAUAAAGGCACAAAAAUGGGAAACGGUAUGUCUGGAGCUGCCACACUCUUCAUUACGGAUGGUGGCUAGCGGUGUGGUGAUGCAGCUACGCCGGCUCGAUCAGCACAUCCCAGCGAUGGCUAUCGCCUCGGCAAUAAACGAACGGUUGACUGAUUUGCUUCGGGGAGCCCGUGUCAACGAGUCAGCCAAAUCGGUGCAACGAUUUCAGAUGUACUCGGAGGCGGCCCGCCGACAAACGUUCGAAGCGUGGCCACACAUGGACUACAAAUGGGUGCUGCCGGAUCAGAUGGCCCAGGCCGGGUUCUAUCACCAGCCGGGCGAGAAUGGGAACAAGGAUAGGGCGAUGUGUUUCACCUGCACCGUGUGUCUCGUAUGCUGGGAGAAAACGGACGAACCGUGGAGCGAACACGAACGUCACUCACCAGACUGCCCGUUCGUUAAGGGAGAGUUCACGCAAAAUGUUCCACUGUCUGUAACGUACGCAACGAGUCCGGCCGUCGCGACGGCCGGCUUCAGUUUGAUAUCGUCUGGCGAUCGAGGUGUUGUAUUUUGCACCGGCAAUCCAGCAGGGGAUGUAACAGUGUGGAACAUUGAAAGGCAGUUGACAAAGGUGCACGAAUUUCAAGUGAAGCUACAUCCGGACAUUCUGACAACGACAUCCAUCAGCCCGACCGCGACUGUUAAUUCACUCGAGCUGAACGCUUUAGCUGCAUACUUUGUUCGAUCACCGGCUGGCGGUACCAUGCAGCAGCGACGUGCAUCACUUUCAUUGAAGCCGAAAAUGCUCGGCACUAAAAUAGUAGCCGGUGUACGGGUGAAAAGCACGGAAACAUUCGAUAAGGAUACGUAUGAUGUGUAUGAACAUGAUGCAGAAACGACACUGCUGCUGAUCGUGUACAACAUCGAAGACCCCGUCAUGGAGGAUACGGUUCCCGGAUCACCAACGCUGAGCUCCAACCCACAGGCCAGUUUGACGUUAAGCACUGGCGUUGGUGGCAAUGCAAAGAAGUCCAACCUGUUUACCAUUAUGGAGAGUACGGAGGAUGAAUCGGUCAAAUUGCUGGCCGAACGUACAAACAUGCUGAUGGAUGAAUUGAAGCACGCGAAGCAAAAACUGGUAACACAAAAUACGAACAAAACGAAAAAGAAGCACUAUGCGGAUGUUAGUGAGAAUGAUAGCGGUAAGAUUAAAAUCCUGGACACACUUACCACUUUACCAUCCACUUCGAUGAACAUAGUGACGGAUGCGUUGGCUACUGGCAUUAGUAGUACGGUGUCCGGUAACGGGGAAGGUGGCGGUGACGGUGAAGGAGGUGGUGGUACCGGCGAUGGUGGAGGUGGAGGAGGAGGCGGUGAUGAAAGUACCAGUGCGACGGAAAGUGCUAUUUUUUGCAUACCUCUACAAUACAUCGAACUGUCGCCAAUAAUGAUGGACUCGAGUGCCCAGUACUACAUCUCGGAUAUAGUUCCAUCGAGCGAUAAUCGCCAUUUGCUGGUCGUGGUUAAAUAUGAACCUGACAUUGCGUCGAAAACAUCAACCACAGAUUCUAGUGCCUCUAGUACGGAUGCGGCAAAGGAUGAUCAGCAAAAGGUGGAUGAUGGUACAGAUUCAUCUGGCCCACUCUGGUAUUCCGUUUUGCUGCUGUAUUCGCUGAACGAGGACGGAUUGGUACGGCUUGAUGAGCCAUUGAUGCUGUUAUUGAACCAGGACCAAGUACCGCUUGAGAUAACGAUGUUGCCAAAGUGUGACGGUACCGGACGCCACUUUGGUGGUCCGGAAACCGACCAAGGUAUCUUCGUGAUGACCUGUGCUGAUGGCAAGCUGCGUAUUGUGGCGAUAAAAACGCUAACAAUCAUCUCGGACGCGUCUGUAAAGGAUGAUCGGUUUGUUUCGGCAACGUACUGCAAAAGCUUAGAGCGGCUGUGCGGUUGCACUGCGAAGGGAUGCCUUCAUUUCUACUCGUUCUACGAUCUAGAUGCAGAUUCGAGCGAUGAGCGCGAUGAAGAGAUCGUUGUGCAAACGCCAUUAGCGGUGGGUAACGAUUCAAGCGACAAAUCUUACGGAACGACAGGAGUUGAUGGCAUUGUGCCGAUUGAUGUGAUUGAUAAUAUGAGCACUACGUCCACUGGCCCAUCAACAGCGGGACUGUCAAAUAAUUCAGGAACAACCGGAACAACGCAGCAACAGCAAGCACAGCAUCUUCUGGACGGUGUGGGUCUGGAAUGGUUGUUAGCUUUCCGCAAGGACGUCAGCAACCUGAACAACCUGAAGAUGCUCCACACGUUGACGCUUUUUAGUGAGUUGUUAACACCCUAUUCAGCGGAAGUACCCGCUUGUUGGAAUGAACUGGAGCAAGCCCAAAAGCAACGGCGAAACCCGCAGCACUUACGGCCCGGAGAUGAUAUGCAUCUGACGAAAACAUGGCGAUUACACAAUGAUGCUUCGACAUGGGAUGAGCAUCUGAUAGAGCUGAAUUUGCCAAAAUGUACCUCGCUCGGUCAUAUCGAUUUUAAGUUUUCUCUCUAUCAACCGUGCGCCAAUUCACCCGCCAUUCAGGUGACGUUGUUGAAGCAGAAGUCUAUGGGCCUGUGCACACGCCGUAAAACUCAAUCGAUAAAUCGGGUCGAUGAGUCUAUCAACUUUAACAUCGGUGCCGGCGAAGGCAAACAUUUCGUUGAGAACCCGGUGUUGAGUGAAGAGUAUUUGCAAGCCAGAAAUGCGGAAAUCGUUGUCGGUCCAAUUGAACUGGCCUCCUGUAUGGAUUUGAGCGAACAGGGGGGUUGCGUAACGCUUACGAGUCCAAAGCUACUGAAAUCCAAAGGCCGGAACUAUUUGCUGCACAUUAAAACGAUGACGGAUCUGUCGAAGGACGGGCAGGGUAAAACUAGAGUACCGGUUCGGAAGAAGGGCAUUACGAGCAUUCUACUGACAUCGUUGUCGAAUAUCUCGGUACAAUCGAACGCGUCACCCGGCACUGUGCAAGUCGGUAAGGACGGCUCGUUGACGAUAUUCCCCGUGCCCUCGCCGGCAGGGUCCGCUGCAACGAUCAAAACAAGAACAAAUGAUUUCUACAUAGGAUGUGACUGGUUGAAUGAAAUAUCUAUUACCGUCCGAGCCACUCGACAGUUGUACAAGGUUGAUCAAGAACGUGCCCAACGGUCAGCUAUGUUGGACUCCAACAUUCUGCUAGAAAAUCUCUUGAGCAUUCUCCAUCAGCGCAGCGAGGAGAAGGUUUGUGACGAUGGUGGUGAGGAGGACAUUGGCACUAAUCCGCCAUCAUCGGCAAGUACGACGACGACAGCAACACAAUUGCCUGAUGAGAAUAUGAUCACAACGCAGCAGAAUCUUGCCUUAGACAUUCUCAUAUGGAUUGUCACGAUUCGUAUGAUGCGUUACCGAUAUCCCAAGAACCCAUUCGCUAAACGAGCUGCACCAUCCGAGGUGCGAAACGUGACCGCAACCGAUUUAAACGUACAGCAAACUGAGUGCGUACAAAUCAUCGAAAAGCAUCUUGAGCAAACGAUUCGUCAUUGUAUUGUACUUGCUAAUCGUAGCAUUGCACAUAAGUGUGUUAAAUUUGUAUCUUUGGCACUAGAGGGAGCCCAAAACAUGGUCGAUAAAAAUGCUUGUAACACGUUCGAGCAAACGUUAAACGAUGCCAUCAUCAAAUGCUUGCCAGACAUAGUCAAUUCCAACCAUGCCGGCGCGUUGCGUUGGUUCGCUUUGCUCAUAUCGGGAACCACCCUGGCCGAAAAUCAUUUAACAGUGGCGGAUAACUGUAUGAAACUGCUUAAAUCGGUGGCAGAAGAGCUGCAAAAGCGUAACAAUCCCUACUCUGCAUUGUUGCGUACCCGUUUCGGGCUGCAUGGUUCACCGUUCGAUUCGGAAGUGUUCGAUGCACAAUCCAUGGAUGGACGCAUCGCAUUUGGAGGUGGUGUAGCGUAUCCAUUCGGAUGCGGUACGGCAACAAACGGGCUCAACGUGAAUGGUGGUGGAGGAAAUGGCGGAUGCACUAGCUCUAGCAAGAGUGGCGGAGCGAGCGCCAGCGGACCAAUAGGAUCUUCCGUGUUGACAGGUCCGUCGCCGAUAGAUUUGCGGCUGAUGUGUUUUGCGGACGGCGCCGAUCUGAAGUGUUUGUUCGAUCAGCUGCGCAGUCGCAGCAUUGGGUCACACUUCAUGGGACUGCUGGAGGUGGAGCCGCUACACUAUUCUUGCUGCGCCACGUCCGAUGCAACCCGAUUGGAAAAUAUCGAUGCGAAUGGGAAUACCACCACUACUAGCAGCAGCAAUGUGAACGGGUUUGUGGGCGGUUCCGGUAGUGGCACUGGAAUUGGAAAUGGAAUAACAAUUGAACCCGUAUCUACCGCAAACAUGUUAAUGGAAAAUUCGGUCUCCAUCGGUGCGUACACCGUUGAUGUGAAAGUUGAUAUUGCAAAUGAGCAGGGUGAGCAUGCUGACACGAUGAUCGUGUCAUACGUUGAACCAGAUCAGCAGCAAGCGAAUAACAGCAGCAAUCAUGGCAAAAAUUUCAACAUCACCGUUGGUCCACCCAUUAAAAAGACGAUUCAGCAAACGCAAUCCAGUGAGGCAGAUAAAGAAAAUAUUGGCGACGCAUUGAUGAACAAUGUGAAAAAUGUCCUGGUCGAUAAGAUUUUCUUUUCGGCACUACAAAAGCAUAAGCUAAAAUCGGCUGCAAAUGCGUCUGCAGACACCAUUGGCUUUCCGACUUACUUGCAGCAGUCUAAACCACAUACCAUCAAUAUCGGAAGUGACGGAGGAAUGUUGAAAGAUACAGAAACUUUUGACGAUAUAUCCGUUAAUGAUUCGGAAACUUGUGAUGUGUUUAACCCAGCUGAACAGAAGGCUACAACAUUAAUAAUAUCAGACACGGAUGCUGCGGAAGUAGCUGCUUACGGCAUAAACAAGAGCUCUGUUGCCGAAAGUUCACGUUCGUCGAAAGUUGUGUCCUUCGUUUCGAACGAUGCCAAUCUGGACCUACAGCACGGUCCACACAUCUCACUGUUGGACAACAAAAUUCAGGAAUAUUUCGAAGAAAAAAGCACCGAAGCGGAUAACGCUAUCGAUCAAUCUGGCGCACUACCAUGGCACAAACUGCUCAGUUGUCCACCAAAGCAGACAAUCGUGGUUGAGCGGAUGCAUUCUUCGGCUAUUCGGUAUGUUACGCUUGACUUUGGUGCACCAAUUAUGCUGACGGAUGUAAUCAUACCCGCCCAUUCGGAUCUUGCAUCGCUCUCAAUCGAUGUAUGGUGUUUUGAAGAGGAAGCGGAUAGCGUGAGAUUGGUUGUUUCGCAGGACAUUCAUUCGCGUACACUUGUGUUGAGCGAUUUACAGCCGCCGCCUAUUUGUCGGUAUCUCAAGAUCACGAUUACCGGCAGGUACGGGAUGACAGCUACGCGUUGCCGCAUACCAAUGGGUUCAUUCUACGGUCAUAUCGUUAUCCUCGAUCGGGAAGUAUACGCAGAUCCAGUGAUGAAAUUUCUGCAAAAAAGGAAAACGAAUGUGCACACGCAAUUGAAGGUUUUGAAAGCUUUGUACGAAGACGUCCAUUGCCGGUACUGUCUGGCUAGCAGCAAGCUGAUGGAUCUGCUUGUGCCGUAUCUUAACAGCGAUGCAUCGAACAUUGCGCACAUGCAAGCUUUCUUAAAUCGCAUGAAAGAUACCUCAUUUGGCGGUGGGCUAGGUGCCGAUGUGUAUGGAACGUAUGGCACGUACGGCUCCUCGGUUGGAACCGGUGGCAAUAGUGCCUCUGUAGAGUGCGCUAAGGUGACAGCCGCAUACGAAGAGUGUAUUGGAUUCCAGCACCAGUUGAAUGUCAUUCGUCGUGUGAUUGAUCGUAUCAGACCAUCGAUUGAUGCGAAUAAUCCGUUGCUGGCACAGCUUAUGCUUCCUACACAGCCAUCGCCGUUGAGCGAUUGCACUGACCUAAGUUCUGUCUAUACGGAUAAGCUGCGCGUUAUGAGCGAGUGUCUGAUUGAAGUUGUACUGCAGCUAAUAACAACGUAUGGUGGUAUGCCUGCAUUGGGGGUUGUCGAGCAACAAAAUCUAACGCCACCGCAACACAUCAAUCAAGACAUGUGUAAUUUGCUGUUCGAUACUAUGGUGAUUGCCGGUGAUGCUCAUACUCAACUCGCUACAUGUUCGAUGCUUGUCCGAAUGUGCUGCUUCGAGUCGUGGUGGGGAGAUUUUCUGGCCGAUAAAUUUUUAACCCUGUACUCGUCACAAAAUGAGCGCAUUUUCCCGCAGGAUCGUGUAUUCCUACUAUUGACCUAUUUGGGACGCCGAAGUAUCGCCAUCGGUCGUAGUCGUACAACAGUGAUUGAUGCCAUUUUGCGCAGUUUGGCAACACUGUUAGCCCCGCUAGCUACGAAUAGUGGAUCCGGUUUAAGUAUCUGGUGCAGUACGGAUUUAAAUUUGCUUGGCUGGAUAUUGCUAUUUCUGUCUGUGUGCCUGGAUGACGGAACGGAGGGAAGGAAGGAUCAAAACAACUUGCGAUGGGACUUUAUGUCCGGUGAAACGGACAUGGUUAAAGCUCGCAUGAAUAUGAACAACAGUGGUCUGCGAACCUUGACCCGAUCGUUCAAGAAACGGCUAAUUCAAACAAAGCAAUACAGCCAACUUUCGGGAGCUACAUCAAAGCUAGAAAUGGCAUUAAAGCAGCAAGAAAAUCAACUUAAAAAACUGACCGUCAACAUAAAGCAAAGUUUGGGCGAUUAUAUUAACGAAAUCAACAGCAAAAUGAAAGAGAUCGGUGAAUCAACCAUUACACCGUUGAGUAAAAACGAACUGUCGCAGGAAGGCAAUAGCGUAAUAUCGUCUUCGUCAAGUGGAAAUCACAUUGGCUCAUCCAUCAGCAGUAGCACCACCACAAACCAAGCAUCUGGCACGAAAAAUGGAGGAAAGUUCGUUAUCGUUAGAGAUGUAUCCAGCGAACCAGGUAUGAGUCAUUCAGCAUCAACUUCAAAGGGCGUCGGUGAUAUGGCUGGUGGUGGCGACGGAGAGACUCCAUUCGACACAGGGCUGAAGUCGAUGAAGAUUGAUAAAAUUAUCGUCGUAAUUCGGGGUCUAAUAGGAUUGCUCCUUAGUAUGGAUUUUACUUGCAACAUGGAUCUAUUCCUUAUCACGUGCAAAAUAAUUGCUCGUUUAGUGUUAGCCUGUCGGCCCGCACUACAGCUAUCAAAGAUCAUUACGACGAACCAAUUGCUGCAGCUGGUUAGGAUUGCAGUGUGGGAGAAUCAGCAACAACCUUGGGCAGUGCAUGCAAUAACCUGUCUGCUGCAGGAUGUAUUGGAGGCAGACAAAAGCUUCAAGGAUGGCGAAAAUGAUUCCACGGAAUCACCAGGCGAAGAAGAUGCUGCAGGUGUUUCGGUGGCAGCUAAUCCAAUGGGUUCAACCUCGACAUUGCACUCGAUGCGACCGCCGGUGGAGGUACCAUAUAAGCAACAACAUCAACAACAUCCGUUACAGAACCCGACACAUCAUGUAUCUUGUGAUCUUAGCUACGCCGACGUGGCCAAAAAUCAGCUACCGUCGGUGGUUGAAUGUGAUGAUCCCGAGAUGGAGGAAAUAUUAAUUAUCGACGACAUAUUUUCGGCUCGCGAAAAACGCUUCCUCAAGCGUGAUAUCGUAUCGUUUGCUAGUAAAUAUAGCAUCACGAAUAAAACUGUUUCGGCAGCGAUGGAUGAGCGGCUUGAGAUGGGAUUGGAUACGAACGUAGAAAUUGUGCUCCGACGACUGACAACUCGAUCGGCCUUCAAUCUGAUCAGUAGCUUACCCCACGUAUCCAUGAUGCCUGAAUUGGCUGGUAGUAUGAACGCAUUUGGACAACCAUCGGAAUCAUUACUCCCGUGGCCAGAGAAUAUCAUUGAUGUCUGGUCCGGACCAGAAUAUUUACAAGGCAUAGAGACCAACAGUAUGCUAACGGAGGUUUUCGAUAAAAUUCUCUCCGAUCUUCAUCAGCUCGAUUCUUGGCUAAACCUGGAGAAAAUUCUCCAGCUUUGGCUGACGUUAAACGGGGAAACGCAUGAAACUAUGCCCGGAAGCUGUGCAACCGGGUUGAAUCCCUAUUCCUAUUCACGCAUUCCGUUUGGCGAUCGGGCGGUUAGGGGACUGUUGAAGGCACUAGCCACGCAUCCGAACAUAAAGCUACGAGCUUGGUGCCUUGGCUUUCACUGCUUGAAUUUAGCUUGCAAGCCGCAUUUCGAAGCAGAUCAUCUUGAGCCGACAUCCACUAGCAGUGAUAAUUACUUCCGACGUAUGGGGAAUCUGAUAGUAAAUGAUGAAAACUUUGAGAAGAUGCUCCUGCGAUUUUUCUCUGGUGCCGAUCAAUCGAUGAUUUCCAUGGACGGUAGUAGCAGUCGUUAUGCUGGGCCAACCGUAUGUAAGCUUGUAAUAGAAUUGUUCGGUUGGUUGGAGUUACGUUGCAAUGUGAAAGAUAUGCUAAAGCAAACACUUCUGCGAGUGACAUUGCAUCUGGUGCAGUUUGGUGGUGCGAUUGGCAACCAACAGGGUCCAAUCGAUGCACAGAGUCAAAUGAUAAAGGUACUGCUGAAUUUCCCAUUCGACAAAAGUGAUUUGGGCAUUGCGAUGAGUGUCAUUGAGUGCGUUUCACAUUUGGUGUACAACAAUGUGGUGAAUGUGGAAAAACUAUACUGUCAGAAAACGACAGAGAACAGUAAUUCUGCUGCUAUGUUGGGCGGGGGGAUGCGCUUUAGUAGCCUCUUUGCUACCGUAUUCAAUGCAGAAUCCAAUCGCGCUUGUAAAUCCGCUACCGAUAGUUCGCUGUUGGUAGAUUUGCUAAAGCUGGCAUCGAUACUUGUGAAUACGAAAAAUCCACAUACCACAGGCACGGGAAGUGAACCCGGUACGACGGAUGAUGCUCACACCGGGUCGGUUGGAGGACAAUCUGUUAGUGUAGAUAAUUUGAAUACAUCUAGCGAAAGUCAGACGGAUGAAAUAAAAGCAGAACAGCAGCAUACCGGAGCUGGUGGUGCAGGAAGUGCAGGAAAUGUUCCAGGGAAUGGAACGAACGCCGGAAAUAGUACAGCGGGCAACAGUGAGACUCGUCCAAAGGUCCCAUGCUUUACGGACACGGUGUUGCAACAUUCGCCAACAAUGAAUCGCUUGCUGAGCGCCCUUUCCCACUGCAACCAUUCAUCGUUGACGAUGCUGGUAGCGUCAACAGUCAGUUACGGCACUGGUGCUGAAAAUAACGGUGCCAAGACCAUUCGAAAUACGCAUCCGGAGCUAUGUACUGUAGCGGAUGCUGUAUUCCAGUUGCUGCUAUACCUUAGUCGAACCGCGUCACAGAAUGAGCUGGUGGUGAAACCCCUGUUUGAGUACAUUAACAACGCGUCCAACGUAAGGCAUCCGAUGCCAAAGCUACAUCUGUCGGAACCAUUCCUGUGGUUCAUACUAAAGGUUCUCGGUACACCUGCAUCUGUUGCGAUUUUCACUGAACUAGGCGGCAUACAGGUACUGUGUGAAAGUUUGGUUCGCAGCAAUCGAGCGCUGAUUAACACACAACCGAGCCUUGUGUCGAUGAUAAUGCAACGGCUGUCGAAGUCGUCUGUUGGUUUACAUGGAGUAAGUGUUGCUACAGGAAGCGGUAUGGCUGGUGGGAACUGCAGUGGAAGCUCUUCGAAGAAAAGCACUCCAAUCAUAGCGACGCCACGAAACGAAGAGGGGCUAAUCAAUUUCGCACCAUAUUCCACAAUUACCUCGGACAAUUUAUCGGUACAGGCGGCAGAUGUGUUAAUUCAGGCGCCCCUUGCGUCCCAUCGUCGAGCCCGCAAUCCUGCAUGGAGCUAUUUGUUUUACCCAAACGAAUCGAAUGUUGAUCUUACGAUCACACUGCCAACUGCCGUGUUGUUGAAGGAGGUGCAGCUUCAACCUCAUCUAGCGACACUUGCUUCGUGUCCUUCGGCUGUAGCAAUCGAAGUAACAAGGGACAGUAUCCUUGGACCGAUACCCAUAACUCAGCCCAUUUCAACCGUAGGUAUGACGUGUAUUCGGUUACGCUUUGCACAGCCUGAAAUUGCCACUAGCGUUAUCAUUCGGUUGUACCGGCCGCGCGAUGCUUUAAACAUUGGUUUAACGCAAAUAUCCAUACUGGGAACGACCACGUUCGGUGAGCUGCCUCCAACUGGUGGAGGACCCUCUGGGUUUGCUGGGGGCUCGAUGCAAAACUGGCCCAAUUCCUCUAUUGUAGCGAUCGGUGGAGGAUCGGGGUCGACCGUUAACCUCAAGCCGUCCAACGAUGUGUGCAGCUAUCGUAAGGCAUUUGGUUUAGUCGAUAUGGACGAAGGAGGAGUCGGACUGGGAGGAACCGGAAUUGACGACGAUCGUAUGGCCGGAGCAGCACGUACCAGUCUAGGCUGGCUGCGUGUGCUAACGCAGUGUUUCAGCGUGACCAUCUACUAUGCCGAUCAGCAGCUCGCGAAUCGUGUAAUUGAUGCCGCAAAUGAGGUAACGGGAUUCAUGGAGGCUUGCUGCGCAUUGCUGAACAUCGCACCGAAUAGUCCGAAUGAUACUCUGCAAAAUUUGGAAACCGUCUUGCUUAAGCUGGGAUUGCACAGCCGCGAAAUGGGCUUGCGGCUGAUUAACACGCUGCUGCGACAAAGCAUACCCCAGACGUUUCAACUCUCGAACGACUCCAUCUCUGAUCUGCUUUAUCAGUUGUGCACAAUGCAGAAUGAACAUACGCGCGAUCGGUUGCAAGCCAUGCUGGAAUGGGUGUUGACGCUUUACGAACGCUACCAGCAGAACAUUACCAUGGGAUCGGGUGGCAGUACGGUGAACCAGCAUCACCGAUUGGCUCUCCACUCGACAAAUCCAUACAGUGGUUUCGUACGAUGUCUCGCCGCUAUUCUCUGGCAAGUGUUUGCAACGGAUCUGAUUCCCGAUCUGUUGGAAAUGGUCACGCGUGAAUUGUUCGACGUACUUUUCAACUGGCUGCAGGAGCUCAAACAGCACGAAGGUGCUAGCGGGCCUUUGAAGAAAGCGAUCGAUGCGCUGCUUUGUUCGGUUUGUUGCAUCCGGCCAGAGUUUUUCACCAUGCUUCUACGGCGAAUGGGUGUUCUGGUGCCGAACCUGUCGACUGAUCUGACAGCAUCAAUUUCGGACGAUCGUAAGGACGGGGAACGACGAACAGACGAUAGCAAGCAGGAAGAGUCGGACACUACUGAAUGGUAUAGCCAUUUGGUGAUAGAAGAUAUUGCGUGCCUGGAUUUAUCGUGCAGUCAGCUGGCGACAAUUGCCAUGGCCAGCCAGUCUCCGUUGGCCGUGCAGCAGCUCAUCGAUUCAGGACUGCCGAAGUUAUUGAACUCGGUCAUCUUGGAGUUUUGUCGCCGGGCGACGAACUGUGUUGAACGGCUACGACGAGGGCCAAUAAAAGCCGGUGCUAGUGGUAGCGUUGGUCAACCUACGGUUCCAUCUACAAGUGGAUCGACCGAAGGAUGUUUAACAGAUGCUGAUAAAUGGAGCGGUGGAGAAUCGGCUGAAAAUGCUACAAAUCUACCGAUGGUGAACAUUCACAAGAUAACGGAAAUUUUGGCCUUCUUUACCGACAUGUGUUCCGAGGGACAUAUGCGCGAUUGGUUGGGUAGCCACGAGGGCGCUAUCUUCUGGGAGCCAUUGUUGCUGUUGCUGUGUAACAGUCAUCUCGCAAACGUGACGCGUGAAAUAACGACACAAUCAUGCCUGGAAUUGGAGGAAUGUUUCAUCAAGUUCCUAUCGCGCGUUACCACUUGUCACCCGAAAAAUCAGGAAGUGCUAACAAUCAACCUAAUCUCAGUGAUACGAAAGUCAGAUCCAACGGAGGAAGCGAUGCAUAGUAACGCUGGCGAAGGAGGUGCGGCGCCAUCCACUUCUAUUCCAACACCAGGAACGCUUACGAAGAGCUGUAUUUCUGGCUUCACUCGUAGGCUGUUACUACAGAUUUUACUUGAAAGCGAAAAGAUAAUGGUAGCGGUACGUAGCGAUCUGCCCUUGAUGCAAAGCAAAGAAAUGAACGGCGGAGGAGGAGCAGGUGGGCUUUACAACUCAAUCGCCAAUCAUCCUUCGAAGCGUCCGAACGCGCAUCUCAUGCUGUUCCAAUUAAGCACGAAUGCUAAAUGUCAGGAUAUACUGGAUCAAUGUGCUGCCGCCGUAUAUCAGCCAAUCUUACCCUCUGCCGUGGCGGUAUCUGCUUCAAGCGCUGGUGCACAGCCCUCGGUUGUUGCCACUUCUGCGGGUGCCUCCGCUGGACCAUCGUCCGCUAUGCCAGUAGGCGGUCUGGGUGGCGACCUGUCGUUGUUAUCUGCUGGUGGAAGUACAAUAGCAACGGAUGUAGGUGGGCAGUCCAUGGGUUCCAGUGGUCCUAGUAACACACAGAGUGAACUGUGGGAGCUAGGUAUGGGUCUUGAAUUUCUAAGUGUUGCUGCUGGAGUUACGGCGAAGGAUAAGCGGUUGAAGGAAGCGAAAAAUCAGGCAACAACGAUGCGCCGGAAAGAUUUGCUUUCAAUGUUCAAAAUAAAAAUGGAUGAUUCAAAGCUUUCCGUACCGGAUGGCAUGUUCUUGACGCACUCGGCAGUGCCGGAAGUAAUUAUAACGAGCGAUACGACUAUCUCGCAACUGCUAACUAUGCUAAAAUCCGCGGGCAUAUCGCUCUCGAUUCCGUGCAUAAAUCUAAACUUGAUUGAUGCCAAAAAUAGACCUCCUACCGAUAUAUCUACUGGGGAACCGUCCUCGAUGUCCUCAUCAACUGGAGCGGGAUCAUCAGCGUACAUGCGUGCAACGGAAUUUUUGCCCUUACCGUCGCCUCUGCAGAUAUUCUCAAGCCGUGGAGGUCUCUCACUGCUAGCACACUAUCUACCGACCGUGUAUCCUGAAAUGCCGAAGAGCAGUGCUCACUACAUGGACAAAGAUCGUAGCCCGCCAGGCGGUACGGGAACAGGCAGUGCCGGUGCCGGUAACGAAUGGGUGAAACUCGAACAGAUGGAUGAAAUUUACGAGGAUUUAGACGAUAUUGUCGCAGAAUCGUCCCCGAAAGCGCAAUCUAUUACCGCCAUUCCACAGCAUUCGCUCGCAGCCUUUGCACUGUUCCUAAAGCUUCCGGCGUACUCCGAAGUUUUGCUCAACGAUACCGUCCGGGCACAGUGUUUGCUGCGUUUGAUACUGGGUGUUACUAGUGACGGUGAGGGUAACGAAAUCUACAGCAUGCCCCUAUCCAACACAUUGCCAACGCUGCCAUUUGAAGUGUUCCGGCAAUUGCUAGAAUCGUCACCAUUGACCACUGAUGAUGGCGUACUGCUGCGGCGUAUGGUGAUCGAAGUUGGUGCAAUACAUCUCGUGUUAAACUGUCUUAGCAUCUUUACCCAUCACAACAACAAUGGAUCAGUACGAUCCGGUGCGACCGCAUCAGUGCCUGUUGGAACAAGCAGUAACAGUACAACAAGCAAUACAUUCGACACGUUGUAUCAAGGAAUAUCUGCUGGCAAUGGUACCAAUAAAUCAUCAUCCACUAUGACUGGUAACGCCACUGCUAAUAACUCAGAGGAUCAACCGAAUGCUGAUGAUAAAGGGCAUAUGUACUGGGCUAAGGGAACAGGUUUUGGUACCGGUUCAACGCAACAAUCGUGGAACGUGGAACAGGCACUGAUGCGACAAAAAAGUGAGGAAGAACAUGUUACCGUGCUGUUACAGGUUCUGUCGAGUUACAUUAAUCCUGGCUGCAACAGUUAUGUGAUCAGCUCCGGUACGGAAGAAUUGCACAACUAUAAGGAUUCGUUUGAAUCGGUCGGCGAUCUACCACCGAUCUUCCUCGAUCUCAUUCAGCAAAGCUGUCUCAUUCCUGCCCUUAGUUCCUAUUUGCGCAACGAUUCAGUGUUGGAUAUUACGCGACAUAUACCACUUUACCGCGCCAUUUUGCAACUGCUGCGAGCCAUUUCUGUGUCUAACCAGCUAGCAAUGCUGCUGGUGAACAAGAAUGCCAGCGAGGGUAAACUGUCCAUCGCUGGGUUGUUGUCGAACAUGAAAGCCUGUGUGGAUACUUAUGCUAGUCGAUUGAAAGUGAAUAAAAAGUCCAACUUGAAAGGACAGACGCAAAAAAUUAUCGUCAGCUUGGACGACGGUGAUGAUGAAGGGUUAGCAUUGAUGAUGCAUGACAUUCAACUUACUUCGCUACUGGUGCAAAAUGCUACCAACAUGGACACCACGAGUGCGACUGAGGAGGGAGAAAAGCAAUUGAUUCCACGACCGAUCACAAAAUCGGUUGAAGACAAGUAUCUGGAGAUUAUGAAAGCGUUGCAGUUCGACACUUACGAGAUGAUUGCGGAAUCGGAGAAUGGGUACCGCUUUACGAUUUCACAUCAUUUUGAAACGAACGUACGGAUGGCAGGAGACCGCGGCCACCCAGGGCGGGUUAAACGGUUGGCGCAGGAAACGGUUACCCUGUCCACUAGUUUACCCCUGUCGUACAGCAGUUCGGUAUUUGUACGCUGUGACACGGAUCGGUUGGAUAUCAUGAAGGUGCUAAUUACCGGACCGGCAGAAACGCCCUACGCUAACGGUUGCUUCGAGUUUGACGUGUACUUCCCACCGGACUAUCCCAACUCACCGAUGAUGAUCAACCUGGAAACGACCGGUCGCAAUACGGUCCGUUUCAAUCCUAAUCUGUACAAUGACGGUAAGGUUUGCUUAUCGGUGCUGAACACGUGGCACGGACGACCAGAAGAAAAGUGGAAUGCGCAUACUUCAAGCUUUCUGCAAGUGCUCGUAUCGAUUCAGAGCCUUAUUCUGGUACCGGAACCAUAUUUCAAUGAGCCUGGGUUCGAGCGCAGUCGAGGUACUCCGACCGGUACGCACAGUUCCCGGGAGUACAACAGCAACAUCUAUCAGGCGUGCGUGCGAUACGCGAUGCUGGAACAGUUGCGUCAUCCGUGUCCCUGCUUCCAGGACGUCAUACAUGCACAUUUCUGGCUGAAACGUAAUGAAAUUUGUAACCAGAUCGAGGAAUGGAUUGCCGAACUGAGCCAUCCUUUGCAACAUGAGCGAACCGGUCGUACGAUAUCCUUCAAUGCGAUGGUACUGCGUCGUCAAUAUAGACAGUUGCGUGAAGAGCUUGCCAAGCUGACACCACCGGAAGGACUAGAGGAGGCAGACUAUCCGUUUAACGCCGGUAACAAUAUUACACCUACCACUCCUUCGGCCACUGCCAGCACUGCAAACUCCUCCACCACAUUACCAUCGAAUGCAACUCUUCCCACCUGUCCGUCCGGCUCGUUGGUACACUCAUCGUCGUCGUGCUCGUCAUCGUCGUCCUCGACGUCAUCGUCGUCUUCUUCUUCAUCGUCGACAUCGUCCUCCUCGUCGUCGUCUUCAUCUUCAUCUUCGAAUUUGUCAGUUCAUAGCCAGCAAGCUGCCACGAAUGUGGCGGACAGCAUCGUAACGGAUGGCGGUGGUUCCGAGAGUGGCGGUAGUAGCGUCAUGCUCCAAAUAGGCAUUGUUUCGAACAGCGUUGAAGACGAUGCAGAAGUGAAGGACGGUAUGCGUGACGGUAAUGAGACAGACAGUGGUAGCGGUGGCGGGAUGAUGACGGAAGAAGUAGCCGUCGUAUUUAGUGAUCAUUCCGAGGAGCAAGGUAGUGAAAUCAAUGUUCAUUCCGGUACCGGUUCGGGUGGUGGUGGUGGCGACUGCAGUGAAUCUUCAUCUAGCGGCAGCAGCAUUAUGACGGGCGUUUCUGCAGGUUCCGUCGAUAAUAGCAGCAGCGAUUCAACUGCCAUCACUGGCGGGCUAUCUGAGGAGAUGGCCGGCUCCAACCAACUGCCGACCGCCGACGACAUUAGCAGUAUCAAUAACAGCAGCAUUGAGAAACCAAUUAGUAGCAGUGUGCACGAAUCCCUAGACGAUGACGCUGAUUUGUCGCUAGAGGAGAUGGCACUGUCAAUGGUUUAG